UAUGUACACAUCGCUGGCGCAUUACAUCAUUCUCUUCUAGGACACUUCACAUCGUAUAAAAGAUGGCCAAAUCAAGAAAUGUGCCACUCACAAGGGGUAUUGGCAAAUACAGCCGAUCUGCAAUGUUUAAAAAGCGUGCUUUAUAUAAACGAAAGAAGGUGGGCACAAAGAAGGAAUCAAUGGAAAUUGUAACAACAAAGAUUAAAGAAAUUGGUGGUGACAAGAAUGGAAACACACGAACUGUUCCCAUUCAAAGAGAGCCUCGUUUUUAUCCUACCGAAGAUACACCAAGGAAAUUAGCCAAUCGCAAGAAGGCUAAGCCAACAAAAUUGAGAAGCUCAUUGACUCCUGGUACUGUAGUGAUCCUCUUGGCUGGUCGACACCAGGGCAAAAGGGUUAUUUUCUUGAAGCAACUGGAGGGUGGUCUACUGCUUGUCACAGGUCCUUACAAAAUGAAUGGUGUGCCACUACGACGAGUGCCACAGUCGUAUGUCAUUGCCACAAAAACAAAAAUUGAUAUCAGUGCUGUGAAACUUCCAGAGCGUUUAACAGACGACUACUUUAAACGUGAAAAGAAGCAGCGAAAAAGUACUGAUGAUAUGUUUGAAGAAACAACAGAGGAACGAACGGUGAGCGAGGAACGCAAAGAAGAUCAAAAGGAGGUCGAUGAACAACUCGUUCCAUUGAUAUCGAACGAGGCUUAUUUAAAAAAAUACCUGAAGACGCUGUUUUCGUUGAGAAAGGGACAAUAUCCUCACGAAAUGAUUUUCUAAAAUUGAACUCGAAAUAAAAAAUUCCUUCAAAGAUA